AGAGAGCAUGACAGGGAGCCCUGGUUCACACGUCACUCACAAACCCACCAAACUCCAUUGUCUGCAGUGCGUGGUUACAGUGUGCUUGAAAAGCGUGGGAGGAGGACGACAGGGCGAGUCCGGGUCUCACAUAAUGGAGGGGAACAUCAGAGUGAAGGGCAUGUUGUACCUCCAACAGCAUCGGUUUGGAAAGAGAUGGAAGAAGAUGUGGUGCGUGCUGUAUGGUGAGAGCCGGUCCUCCGUGGCCCGGCUGGAGCUGUACGAGUACAAACAGGGCUCUGGGCUGCCCGCUGGGGCCAGCGGCGGUGGCCUAGUCGAGGGCCACAUGCUCCGCAGGCAGGACAGCAAGCGGGUGGUUCUGCUGAGAAACUGCAUCAGCGUGGAGGAGCUGGAGCUGAUGGACUGCCCGAGAGACUGCGUCUCCUUCCUCGUGGCCACCACAGAGAAGCGCUUCCUGUUCGCGGCGCUCUUCACGGAGUUCAGACACUGGAUCGCCGGGCUGUGUGAGCUGGCAUUCCCUAUAAACAGGGCUGAAAGCGGUGGGUUGGAUCCUCUUGUCAGGCAGCGGUCUUUGAGGGACACAUCACAUGCCAAGAUGGUGGAGAACUCGCUCUAUGAAAGAACAGAUAUUGCAGGUGACUUCCCCGUCUCGGUGGUGAGGACAGAGGCCUCGGACAGGUGGCAGCUACAAGGCGCUUACCUCCUGACACCCGGACAAGACCGACUCCUCCUGAAGGACCCCAUAUGCAGAGAGGUGCUCUUCAUCUGGCCAUAUUGCUAUGUCAGGAAAUUUGGUCAAGACACGUCCACUUUUUCCUUUGAGGCUGGACGCAGAUGUGAGUCUGGAGAGGGGGUCUUUGAGUUUACCACCAGCCGUGCUGAUAGCCUCUUCAGGAUUAUCAACACAGCCAUCACUUCCGCUCAAGGGACGCAAAGGCCCUGUUUACAUUCAUCCCACAGCCUGUCAGUGGAGCAUGCUCCUGAACCCGAUACACUCACGGCCCAGGUAAACGUGUACGACUAUCAGGUCCCAGAGAGCAUGCCACCGCCCCCAACACAGAGCAUACCGCCAAAGCCUGAUCGGCAGCUGAAAAGGCUAUCUCCCUCUUUCAGGAGCCUGUCGCUCAACGCCAUAAAACCCCCGAACAAAGACUUGGUGAGGAACAUCUCCAGCUGCCCUCCUCUCAAACAUCAGGAGCAGAAGGAGGUUAUCUACGCCCGGGUCGCCCGGCAGAAGCCACGAGAUCAGGCUUCCCAGGAGGAGGAGGAGGGGGGCGCCUGCAGCAGAGGAUGUGACAAGGCACCGGAAGUCUCGCUGCAGGUUCCGUUUGCGCCAGGUGCGAGCUUCCCGCCACAUGGCGCCUUUGAAGCACCGCGGCCCGAGGGAAGACAAAACAGCGAGGGGGGCGAGGCAGAGACGGAGCGCCUCAUCAGAGACGUGCCGCACGAUCACAACGCUCAAUUAGACGCCGAGGGAACAGCUGACACAGACCACAUCUAUGACGACCGAGGGCUGCCUGGCUAGCCCUCAGUGGGAAGAGGAUUUUGUAGUUUAUGAUGAUCCGGAGGAGAUCAAAACUGACCCUAACCCUGACAUAGGUCAGGCAGCCACGGGGAGUGUAGUUCAUGAUGAGGAUAAAUUCCUAUACGACAACAUAAUGAAAUAGACAAUGAGAAACUGAUUAUAAUUUGUGCAUGUGUGAGUAUGUGUAUAUAUGUUAAUGUACAAAUGUGUAUGACUAUGCAUGUCUUUGUUCUUGUGCCUACUUAAGAGUAUAUUUAUAAUGGAGAUGUAGCGUGUAGUUGUGGUCCAUAGUCCACAUUAUUCAUAUUCAGAGCCUUAUUCUGGCUUGAUUGUGAGGAUAAAUUGAAAAAAGCUGCCGUAAUGUGUCAGGGGAGUACUUAUUACUGCUAGUAUCCAGUGCAUGCAAACAACGUGCUUAAUCAACAGAGCUGUGACCGUAGGGGACCACUCUCUCAUCCGUCGCAUUAAACUUCAUAAUCACAGCCACAGCCAGGGCACCUGCGGCUCCGAGCUGAUUGGGAGCCCGACCUGACUGAGAAUGAAGAUGUCACAGCGAGCCCAUUUAUCCUUGCUGCCCAUCACCCCCCCCCCCUGGGUGACAGCGGCCAGCUGUGCCGGGCCUUCAAACAUGACUUCCACCGGGGCUGGGGGCGGGGGACCACAGGACCCACACCGACUGACAGAUGUGUGGAUGCGCCACAGCGGGCUCUGGGAAGUGGCCCGAAAGCUGGUGUGCACAGUCAAUUAACAAUGAGGAACAGAGUCUGUGCAAACCUUUCACCCAGACAAGAAUGUGAAUGACCUUUUCAGUGUCAAUGUCCUCAGGAAGACAUGUCCAGGUUUUCAGUGAUAUUCUGAUAAGUGACUCACACCUUAGGAUAGCACAAAACACCUUGAACAAAAUAAUAUCUAGCUGGCCUGAAAUUUACAGUUUUGUACAGCCAGGUGGUCCAAGACGUGAUUUUAGCUGUUUCUUUACCAAUGAUUGUUAAAGGCCUUUGAAAAUGCAUGUAUGAAAUUGAAUGUUGCAAUUUCACAACAAACCUUCACAAUUUAUCUAGAACAAAUGCUGUCUGUCUUUGCAGUUUUCAAAUGGAAUAAAAACCAGCUGUGUAUGGUGGUGUAUGA